AAGUGUCCAGGAGGCCCCAAGGUCGUGUCCUCAGGGGCCGGCGCCUCAGGGACCGCGGGCCUCGGCCCCGGCCCAGCCCCCGGAACUUAGUUCCCCGGCCCGCCCCGGAGCCCCGCAGUCUUCCGGCCGGAGUUCUGCAGGUGACAUGGCUUUUCCGGGCCGUGUGUUCUUUGGUCGGGCGUCCCAGCUGCCCUGUGGCCUCGGCCCUCGGCGGUUUUUCAGUUAUGGAACAAAAAUAUUAUAUCAAAGCAUGGAAGCUUCACAGUCUAAAUUCUUUCCUCCCCUUCAAAAAGUGAUGCUGCCACCUAAUAGCUUUCAAGGAAAAGUGGCGUUCAUUACUGGAGGAGGUACUGGCCUUGGAAAAGCCAUGACAACUUUUCUGUCCAGCCUGGGUGCUCAAUGUGUGAUAGCCAGCAGGAAGAUUGAUGUUUUGAAAGCUACUGCAGAACAAAUUUCUUCUCAAACUGGAAAUAAGGUUCAUGCACUUCAGUGUGAUGUGAGGGAUCCUGAUAUGGUUCACAAGACUGUGUUGGAACUGAUCAAAGUCGCAGGACUUCCUGAUAUCGUGAUAAACAACGCAGCAGGAAAUUUUAUUUCACCCACUGAAAGACUCUCUCCCAAUGCUUGGAAGACCAUAACAGACAUAGUUCUAAAUGGCACAGCCUAUGUGACGCUUGAAAUUGGAAAACAGCUUAUUAAAGCACAGAAAGGAGCAGCAUUUCUUGCCAUUACAACUAUUUAUGCUGAGACUGGAUCUGGUUUUGUAGUACCAAGUGCUUCUUCCAAAGCAGGUGUGGAAGCCAUGAACAAGUCCCUUGCAGCUGAAUGGGGUAAAUAUGGAAUGCGAUUCAAUGUAAUUCAGCCGGGGCCUAUAAAAACUAAAGGUGCCUUUAGCCGUAUGGACCCAGCUGGGACAUUUGAGAAAGAAAUGAUUGACAGAAUUCCCUGUGGACGACUGGGGACCAUGGAAGAACUUGCAAAUCUUGCUGUUUUUCUUUGUAGUGAUUAUGCUUCUUGGAUUAAUGGAGCAACUAUUAGAUUUGAUGGUGGAGAGGAAGUAUUUAUAUCAGGUGAAUUCAACAGCCUAAAGAAGGUCACCAAGGAGGAGUGGGACACAAUAGAGGGACUCAUCCGAAAGACAAAGGGCUCUUAAGAUCACUCUGGCCUUAAUCUUCGGUGCCGUAAAAUUUAGAGACUAAAAAUGAUAUAAAUUGACUGAAAUCUUUCAAGUAUUUUCAAGUCUAAUAAAUUGUUAAUUAACAAGCAUUUGCUAAGAGUAUACUGUGUACCUGGCUAGUGGAAGUUAUUACAUAUUUAAAGAUGAAUAAGAUAGGAUAUCACCUGUUCAGUUUUUUUGUUUUGUUAAGUAGGUGGGAGAGUGGAGAAAGGCCUAGAGGUGAAAAGUGCUUAAAAGUACAGAGUGAGGCACUGGUAGUUGUGAUCUGGAAAGUCAAGGGAAACCUGAUGGUGAGAGUAGCAUGUAAGUUGCAUAUUACACUAUGCUUAUUGUGCUAGGGCAUAAAAGAAAGAAAUCUACACUAAAUUCAAUGGAUUCCACCUUUCUAAUAAUUUCUUUUUCAUUAAACUUAUGAAUUAUCUUCUUUUUUAAAUUUGAAGUUACUCAUUUUCUUUAGUUAUACCUGACAGUGGUACAUAUUUUAACAUAUUAUACAUACAUGGAGUAUAACUUCCCCUUCUUGUGGUUGUACAUAAUGUGGAGUCAUGUAUUCAUACAUGAACAUAGGAAAGUUAUGUCGAAUUCAUUCUACUGUCUUUCCUAUUCCCAUCCCUUGCCCUCUUGAAACUUCAUUAUCUAUCAGGAUAGGUAGACAGGUAAACAAUUAGGCAUGACACAUUUAUUCUAGCAGUAUUAAAGUGUGGAGGAAGAAGUUACUUAUUUUGUUUCUGAAGUUCAGAGAAGGUGGCUCCCAUGAGACAGCAUUCAUCUCAGCCUUAACUAGAUUUCUCUGGGUAGAGAAGAUAAAUAAAGCAUAUAAAAUAUUUUUGUGUGUAUAAUUUCAUAUUUUUUACUAAUUUAUAAUCGUGAGAAUAGAAUAAGAAAAUCAAAGGCUCAAGUCUACAGUUAUAAUUUUGAACCUAUAUUUUUAAAAAGGCCAUUUGCUUUCAUAGAAGUUACUGAUAACAUGUUCACUAGACUGAGUAUCCCUGUUGCCCAAAUUGUUCAGAUAGGGGACCAGCUUCUAUCUUACUUCAUCUGAAGAGGUCCAUGGAGGAAUUCAGUUUUCCUAUUUGAAUUAUAUGCUAUAAACCUUUUAAGGCAAUCUUUUUAAUUACAUUUAUUAUGUUUUAUAGUGUACACUCAGGAUAAUGUUAUAGGCUUGGAAUAAAUGCUCUUGGUUUUCACUAGCUUUUUAGGAUGUUAACACUUUCCGUAUACUCUUCAGUACAAAUACCCCAUCUCCAUUUACCUUAAACAGUAAUCCUUGUUUUCUUCUCACUCAUCUUUUUUUUUUUUAAUUGUUAGUACUUCCCAUAGUGUUAAGAAAGAAAAGUUCUGGUAGUUUUAAGACCUUGUGUCUUACUUAUUAUUUUCUUCAUCUAUAAAAUACUAGAUUAUAAUAUCUGCUUCAUGGGUUGUUAAGUGAAAUGAAACAAACAAAUAAAAACACUAUAAAGUAGCAAACAAACAAAUGAAAGACGGCCUUUCUAGUUUUUGUACCUUUUAUUUUUAAGACCUGAUUGUUAUAGAAAAAGUGAGAAUGCAAAAGAAUAGAAAAGGACAAGCUCACUAAUUUCCUAAGGAAAACUUAUGUUCAUACUUUGGAAUAAUUUUUCACCCUUUUGCUCUUUCACUUAUUAUUUUUAUGAAAGUGAUCUCUGUAUAAUUUACCCAGAGGCUACUGCAGUCCCCACUCUACUGCUCAUUUUCCAACUAUCUUCAGCUCUUUUGACUAUUUUUUUUUCUUUCUAGAAAAAGAAAACAACACACUAAUUUGCAAUUUCUUAAAUUUUUCCAGUUUUAGAAGUUUGUUUCUUCCAUGAAUGAUGUUUAGCAUUCUUAUUCCAUUUCUAUACCCACCUUCCACCCACCACCUGUCACCAAAAAUACACGGACACAGACACACUCUCUUCACUACUUUCACCAAUACAUCCAUAUAUUGGGUAAAUAUUAUAUUCAUAUUUUUAUAACUUUAAAAAUAUUUUCUCUAGUGUUUUCUCAACCACUUUCUUUUCUUUUCAUAGUUCAGAUUAUAUGACCAAUCAGAUCCUUUUUUUAAAAAAAUAAAAGUAUGAUUUUUAGUGUCUUCUGGUUUACAAGUAUCACAGUUUAAUUCGUUGUUCUUAGAAUUCUUAUUUUUAGUUAAAUUUUUUCCUUCAAAGAUGCUUAUUGGUUUGCCUUUUGGCAGUGCAUUUUAAAAUUAUUAUUUUUGAUUCACACAUCAUAACUGGAUACAUUUAUGGAGGACAGCCUGAUGUUUUGAUGCAUGUAUAAAAUGUGGAAUGAUUAAUUAAGUUAAUUAACAGAUCUAUCACGUGGCUGAUCUAUGUCAUUUUAAUGGUAAAAUAUUUGAAAUUUAUUUUGUCAUUUUGAAAUUUAAAAUACAUUACUAUUAACUGUAGUUCCCAUGCUGUGCAAUAGAUCUCAAAACCUUUUCCUUCUGUCUAAAAUUCCUUUGAUCAACACUCCCCACCUCCACCACUUUGGGAAACAACUCUUCUGUUUUCUACUUCUGAGUUCAAUAUUCUUAGAUUCCACAUGUAAAUGAUAUCAUAGGUUAUUUUUUUCAGUCAUAUAAAUAAAACUAUGUGAACAUA